AUGUCGAGCUCCGCCGCGCCGCGAGAGGGCGCAAAGAGACAGCGCGUCUCGAUCGCUUGUCUUGCGUGCCGUCAGAGGCGCAUGCGAUGCGAUGGCCAGCAGCCUGUCUGUGGCUCACCGCCCAGCAAGAAAUAUGUCGAGUCCCUGCAGACCCGGAUCCGACACCUGGAGGCUCAGGUAGUAUCGCUAGGCUCUCAACCGGCAUCGACUCAGAGCGACCCAAACGCUCAAGAGGCCGACCAGGCUGAAAGCACCGGCGAAGACGACGAACAAAGCCCUCUUUCGGACCUCACUGGCCUGGUCGGUCGCCUCAACGUCAUAGACGAUGGCCAACUGCACUACUUUGGAUCGCAAAGCUCGUACAACCUCGUCCGGGAGCCCCUCUGUGACACCGAUCCCCACGAGCCGUCGCUCAGAGUCCGAAGACAAGGUUUGGCCGCUGCGGCUCAACUCGGAAAAAUCGUGAGCGUCUCCGAUGAUCUGCAGGAGCACCUGCUUGAGCUCUACUGGCGAUGGCAGAACCCAUGGAACUACGUGAUCCACAAGAGCGCGUUCCUCAAAAGCUUCCGGGGCGAAGACGACGGGAAAUACUGCUCACCGCUCUUGUUGUGCUCCAUUUUCGCUAUCGCAGCGCGGUACUCUGACCGUAUUGAGCUGAGGUCUGUGGCUGAUGAGCCAAGCACCGCCGGGGAUGCGUUUUGCGAGCACGCCAAGAUACUGCUGCUGUAUGAAAGCGAGGCGCCUUCGAUUACUACUGUUCAGUCUGCCUGCCUCUUGGCUUUGCGAAUCAUGUCGGACGGCAAGGAAGCGCUGGGAUGGCUGUAUUCAGGAAACGCAACAAGAAUGGCACACAACCUCGGCCUGCAUCUCGACGGUUCAAAGUGGACAACUGCUGGCUUAGUGUCGGAGGAAGAGGCUGAAGCAAGAAAGGUGACGUGGUGGGGAUGCUACGUCGUUGACAAACUGUUCGCCAUCGGCCUGGGUCGGCCAAGCAGCACGCCAAAAUCGACCAUAUCAUGCCCGAAACCCAGCAUCGACAACGUUGAAGAGUUCACUCCCUGGCUGCCAGGAUCCGACUCGCUCGGCGGCGAGAAGUCGUUAGGCAUUCAUUCGCACAUAUCGUCGACAGCGUGCCAUUUAUCGGAGAUCAUGACGAUUGCGUGCGAAGCGAUGGACGACAUUUACGCAGCAAACCGUAAACUGGCCAUUCCAGAAAUGGAAGACAUUGUCAGCAAAACAGACGUUGAACUGCGCACACAUUACAGGGAGCUGCCGAGCUACCUGCGGCUGCCGGCCUCGAUCAAGACGCCAAUGCUUCCUCACGUGUGUCUGUUUCAGUAUGUUGGCGGCCGCACAAGCCGUAGACGGACUCUCAUUUGUCGUAAUUUGUCUGACUCGAUUAAUUUGUGCAGCAUACAGUACCACGCGCAUCUCAUUCUCCUCCACAGACCGCUCGUACACAAGAGAAAGCGACGGUCGGUUGUUGGUGUCGAUGUAGCACUAGAGAAUGUAGGCGACGAAGGCGACGAAUAUGCGAACCGGCACAUGGCAACCUGUCGCGACUCGGCGGCGGAGAUUGCGAGGCUGCUAAGAGUGUACAAACAGCAAUACACACUCCGGCGCAUCCCCAUCGCGGCGGUUCACCUCUGCUUCUCGGCGACCGUCAUCCACCUUAUCGACGCGCGCCCGACGAACCCCAACAGACAGCAGGCGAUCCGGCACUUGCAGACGUGCAUCGACGCGCUGCGAGAUCUCAGGACGGCAUGGUGGGCGUGGAGCGAGCGGGCGUUGCGAGCGGUGCGGCUAUUGGCUCGCGAGUGGUAUCGGUGUGAAGAUGUCUCACAACUGCAGGACCGGAGCGGCCUCAGAGCCGAGACAGCGGCUGGGGCACCGGCAGAUUUCGACAUACCCGAUGGAGCGGUUGCAGGGGUGGCAGGGGUGUCGUUUGGUUCGUCAAGGGGUCAAGGGAACUGCAGCAGCAGUGGUGAUGGUGGUAGUGGUGGUGGUGGUAUGGGUGGUCGGGGGAUUGUCGAGAGCGACACGCUGGCAUUCCUAUUCGAUGUUGCAACGCCGGAUCAGUACACGGAUGGGCUCGUCAAGGAGUGGUUGGCGGAGAGCGGCUACGAUGUUCUCAACAGCGUCGCAGAAUAG